GGCACUUAAGAAGCCAUCUCCAUACUAUCGGUAUUGCGGACAACCCGGAAUGCCGAUGGUGCUGUGAGGAGGAUGAAACCGUUGACCAUGUAGUCGGGAAGUGCCCAGCACUCACGCGCGCCAGGUUCAAAUACUUGGGUAACAAUUUCAGUGUACCGAGCGACUUUAAGUCCUUCAGACCAGAGAGCCUUAUAGGUUUCUCUAAGGCCGUUGGGCUCUGGUAACCCCCGGUGGGGCAUGACGGGUCCAUCAGGAGACCUAUAUGUGCAACUGCCUUGGCAGCCCACUGUUUCGUCAAUUCCAAAUACCUUAUUAAAGACAUCAAGACAAAAAACAAAUACCAUAACGAAGAUGGGAUUCAACUAAAGAAAAAUAUGAAGCUCUAGCUACUGAGCUGUUUAAAUUAUUCACAAUGGCACGAAGAGCAUAACAGCCAUUUUAUUACAUAAUGGAGGAAAUUUGAUUACAUAAUGUGCUUAUAUGAUUUUCAAAUUUUAACCCAGAAUCAAUAUACAACCCAAGAAAUUUGCUCACAUUAGCAGACAAUACUAUAUUAUUUGUUUUAGAAAUAUUACAACUUAUACACAGCUUAUUAGCAUCACACCAUCUUUUUACCUUACAUAAAUCCGUCCGAAUAUUUGCCCUGAAUCCAUAAGCCUCCAAUUUACUAAACAGUAUACCGUGGCUGACGCAGUCAAAGGAUUUAGAGAAGUCACAGAAAACUGCGGCAGCACAAUAACCAUUAUUUAGUCCAAGAUAACUUUUCCAAAAAAUUGAAAAUAGCAUCAGUCGUGCUUAGGGAUGCCUGCAAGCCAAACUGCUGUACACUUAUAAGGUUGUGCAUAUUGAAAAAUGAAAGGACCCUAUUUUUAAUUAUAAAGUUUUUCCACCAUUUUUGACAGCACUCUCAAUGAGAUAUCAUCAUACCCAGAAUUUUUAUUUUUUAUUUGUCCAAAUAAUUUCUGAAUUUCUAAUGAUGAAACCGGAGCAAAAACGAAAACAUCCGAAACAGACAAAUGAUUAGUGCAAGCAUCAUAAACUCAUGUUAUGUCCAAUAUUGCAGUAGAACUCAUUUAUCAGGUCAUAGCAUCAAGGAUUGAAGUCUGAGAUGAUGUUGAGAGUUGGUUUUGCCUCUUAAUUUGUUGACUAUUCUCCAGGACUCCUUUAAUCUAUUUUAUGAAUUUAAAAUACUCUGUUGAUAGUAAUUAUAUUUGGCGGAUUUUAUGACUUCCUUAUAAAUUUUCCGAUAUUUAUUAUAAAAUGAUAUAAACUGUACAUUUUGAGACAAAUACUUUCUUAUAUAAUGUAAUGCCUUCAUAUUUUUACUGGAUGUUUUUAUACCUCCAGUAAUCCAAGGUUUCUUUUCUUUAUUUUUCAUAACUGUAAAUAAUACACGUAGAGUAUUGUGGAAUUCCUGACGUGGAUUAUCAAACCUUAGGGCAUUUUCCCAAUGGGUCUCUAUACAAAUUAAACUGAAUCUUUCAACAUUUUUUUAGAAAAUAUACGACCCACCCUUUUUUGAAGUUUACCAUGACCAUCAUAUUCAAGUAGCAAUGAUGCAACAACAGCCUCGUGAUCUGAUCAUCCAGCAUUUACCGUAUUGCAUUUCACACUUUCAGUAUCAAAAGACCUACAUAAAUAAUCUAGACCCGAACAAAAAAAGGCAGAGAAUCUAGUAGGCUCAUCAACAUGCAUAAACAAGUUAAGAGAAUUUAACAAAUUAGUUAAUGAUUGCACAUCUAGACUCUCUAAAAAUCAUUCAAUCAUCAAAACAUUUGUGGAUGGUGACCUAUAAAUACAAAUUACAUAAACCUUAAUUAUUUCAAAAAACACAACAGAAAAUUCAAACACUUUGUCCUGUAAGAAAAAAUUAGAGCUGUCAAUUUUUUCACUUUUAAGUCUAUUAUGUAAAGAUUGUUUCACCAUAAUUAAAGUACCACCAUGAAUUGUACUUAGUCUAUCAAAUCUAGUUACUACUACAUAAUUUGUCAUAUACAAAGGUUCAAGGGGUCGUAACCAAGCUCAACUUUAGUCACAAUACCAGGAAAAUUAAGUGAUUCGAGAAAUAUAAAUAGUUCAUCAAUUUUGGGUUGCACAGACUGAACGUUUAAAAAAGCUAUGGUGGUAUUUCUGUUAACUUCUGUAUAUAAAAAUUUUCUUUAUUCAAAUCUUUUGAAGUUUUUUCAGACGAGUCUACUACUAUGGCGCUAUCAGACAUAAUUGGAUUAAUUUUACAAUAAAUUCUAUAAUUCUAAGUCUAUAAAUUUAACAAUAAAUUUAUAGACCUUAGUUUGAUUUUGUGUAUUUUAAUGAAAGACAUUGUCACAUAAAAAGAUAAAAGAUGACAUGCUAAGACUACAGUGUGACGAAAUCCAUGUUCUCUAAACUCAUUCACAAUCAUUCUAACAGACAAUCUUGAGUUUAGUACAAAUGAACUCAUGAAAGUAAUUAUUUUAGAAUACUUAUUCUUAUUGUUAAAUCUACUACCACAUUUAAUAUAGUAAACUUUUUAGCCCGGUAUAAGUAGGAAAUGUAACAUUUAAAUCUAAGCAUAAAAUUAAUUUAUCUACAGGUGACAAGUUAACAACUGAAGGGAAUACCUGCUGACAUAAAUAUUGAAAACAAGCCUUUUUUACUAUUUUAACUAGGUUGUUACGAAAUUGGUUGUAUAAGAGGCGAUUUUCAUUUGAGCGGUUUUGUUCAAAUUGUUGUAAAGCUAAGUUUCGUUUAUUUUGUGCCGUUACGACCUCGUUAUUAAGCCACGGAGCCGGUUUUUUUGAGACUUUAACCUCCCUUAAUGGCACAUGGACUUCAGAAGAGGCUAAAAUUGUUUCAUUAAGUAUUUUAAUUUUUUCGUCGAUAUUAUGAGACUGCAAAAUUUUAAACCAAUUUGCUCCAUGUAAGUCAUGUUCAAAUGCGCGUAUAUCGAAAUUUUUGUAACACCUAUAUUUAAUGAAUUUUGGUAGCGGCUUACAUGUUUUCAAAUUAAUUUCUAAGAAUACCAACUCAUGGUCUGACAAAUUAUUGGUAGACAAUGUACCGCAGGAUAUAUAUAUAGUUAAAUUAAUCUUUAUUUUACCACUGCUUAGAGUGACAAUGUCAAACUUUUUGUCAGAAAAAAAUGCAUUUAAUUCAUGUGUUUUAUUAUGAACAGAUCAAAUAUUGAAAUGGAAAACACUUAAUAUAUUGUUAUCUUGUUCAUUUGCACUAUCAUUUGGCCGAGUAUUUGACUUUUCGAAAGUAGGAUUUUGGUUAGUCGUUGUUAUGCGUCAGGAAAGGUCUAUUAAGUACGUGGCCUCAUCAACCGCUGUUACGUGGUUUGUGGUUGAUUUGGACUCUGAUAGUUCAUAUAUUGGUUAAUGUUAAUAAUAAUAACACUUGUGGGCCGAAGGUGGCUUCCAUGAUAUUGACUUUGUCUUCUGCCGCAACACCAAAGGAGCUCCGGUAUUUCUGUUUAAUUAUGCUUGGUUUAUAAAACUGAUAGGUAUCUUUUAUUGGGGUGAACCUGUUUGAGAUACUUACUGUGGUCACAAUAGAUUUCUUAACACAUGUAUGUUCCUUUUGUUUAAAAAUUGCCUUAGCUGACUUUUAACUUAAAUUGUCUCUUUAGAAAAUCGGUUCAUAAUAAACAAUGUCAAGAUUAAGCAAAAAAAAAUGAAACCCUAAAAUCGUGCCAUAACCCGAAAAACCAUCUGGGAAAUGCAUUAUGGAGGCGAGAGCGCGCGUUAUUAGAUUACCGACACCACAUUUUCCGGCGAAUUGAUCCUAAAUUGCUUUUUUAAACCAAUAAAGGGGUUGAGGAGUAUAAAAGCGCGAUGUUCCACUGUACUUUUAUACAGUUCCAAUUUGCUUGUUUUACGGUACAGAUUAUUACACCAUCAUGUCUAAGUUCAUGUCCGCGCUUUUGCUCGCCUGUCUCGUUUUGCUCGUUUUAACGCCAGCAGAAGCGACUUACAGGAAACCCCCAUUUAACGGGUCGAUUUUUGGGAAAAGGGCUGGCUUAGCUGCAGUUGAAUAUGAUACAGCAGGUAAAACUCUGUCGGCCAUGUGUGAAAUAGCCAGCGAAGCCUGCCAGUCUUGGUUUCCCUCGCAAGAAAAGUAGUUGAUUGGCAUCCAUUGGCACCCAUAAAACUGACAAUAUACUCCUUAUUUUAUACCUUCUGAUGUAGUAGUAGUAGUAGUUUUCAAUAAAUUGAAAAUUGGAUUUUGAA